GAGCUGAGGAGCUGAGGAGCUGAGAGGAAAGGAAAGUUAAAGAAAAGAAUGAAAGAAAGAAAAAAGUCGGUCACAGCCGCAGCCGAAUUUACCGGCGCUCGCUACCUCGUGAAUCGUGCGAGCCACGGAAAGAUUGAAUGUAUACUAACAUACACCUUCUUGUCCUUGCCCGUCUUAUAUAGUGACUCAUCGAGUACCGGCCCCCCAGCGGCUGUAAAUAGGCCCCCGUACGUCUCUCGAUUGCCCCUCGGCAGUCUCUGAACAUGGUGGGGCAACGGCAGAAAGAGGAGCAGGAGACGAUCGCGAACGAACGGAAGGAGUCAGUUGACGCGAAUCGCGUAAACGGCCCGGUUGGUACUGGCUACAUUCUGACCAAAACCUCUUCGCCAUUGCAUCAACAAGCGAAAAACUUAAUGUCGAAUCAGUGGCAGGUGGGCGGCUGCUGCUUUGGAUACAGCAUCGACCAAAGCAGCACCGAAACCGAAACCGAAACAACGGCAGCGUACUCUUGCACACCUUGUCCAGCAAGGUCUCCACGUAUUUGUGUAACUUCUGCAUUAUCUCGGCCGACCGAAUGGAAACCUUGCUGCAUUCGUAAAUACAAUUAUCCAUGUACAGCUCACGCGAAACCCAGACCAUUGAUACGCUUCACAGAUUUUGACUUGGCUUCACAAUAUUGA